AUGAAACUAGGUCAUCGUGAGCAACAAUUUUAUUUGUGGUACUUCAUCGUCCACAUUCCCAUCACCGUAUUCAUCGAUUCAUCAGUGGUCAUCCCCGCAAAAUGGCAAUUAGGAAUUGCGCAAAAGGUUGUUAGUGAUCACAUUGAAAAGCAACACGAUUUUCUGCUAUCAGAGAAACCAGAAUGGUUGUACUGGUUUGUAGUUCUUGAAUUGGUUCUGCAAUUGCCCCUUUUCGGCUAUUUCGUCAAUAAGCUCUGGAAUCUUAGCGAAUUACAAAUAAAUACAGAUAGCAGGCUACAAAAGUGGUUGCGUAUCUACGGUUGGAACGCCUCUCUAACUACACUGAUAUGUAUCAUCGUUAUAUUCAAGCGUGGUUACAUUCCUUACGAUGUGCUAAAAACAAGCUUGUCCAUGACCCAGAAGUGUCAAUUGGCCUCUGUGUAUCUACCCACAUUUUUAAUUCCUUUGCGUCUAUGUUUUGCAUAG